AUGGGCUUCACGGAAGAUGUGAAGAGAGCUGAAUUGCGCCUACUCAAGAAGGGUGGCAAAACUGCUCGUGAAGAGAAGCAAGCAGCAUCUCCCUCCAAGAGCGGACCCAGCGACGAUCCGUAUGACUUUUCCACGCUGGACGCGGACAUAGCGACCGCUGUCGAGAGGCUUAAGAAUGAUCUGUCAAAGCUGCGUGCUGGCGGACGCUUCAAUCCUGAGGUACUAGAGAACCUACGCGUACAGCCGGACAAGAGGAGCAAUCAAACGGUAAAGCUCAACGACCUUGCCCAAGUUGUGCCAAAGGGAAGGACUGUUCAGAUACUGGUUGGCGAGCAAGAGCACGUAAAACCCAUAUCUACAGCCAUUCAAUCCUCCAGCCUCUCCCUGACGCCACAACCCGAUCCAACCGGCAUGAACCCGCUCCUCCUCGUCCUGAACAUCCCACCCCCUACUGCAGAGAGUCGAAAACAGGUUGUCGGCGAAGCCACCAAGGCAGGGGAGAAAGCGAGCACGAGCGUACGAGACGCCAGAAGUAAGCAGCAGAAGAAGCUUCGUGGCAUGCAAUUGGCGAAGAGUGCGCUACCUGAUGACUUGAAGAAAGCGGGGACGCAGAUGGAGAAGGUGGUUGAGAAAGGCACUGCUGAGGUCAAGAGGGUGGUGGACUCUGCGAAGAAGGUCUUGGAAAGUGGAUUACCUGGUCGAAGACGCCUCGGAGCAUACCUGAACUACAACCACCACCAACUGCUCGCUGCCGUAGCCCCGAGAACAAACGCAAUGUCCAACACAAACUCCCACGCCGAACCAAAGCACACUGAAGCCCAAGCCUGCAACGUCUUCCUCGUCAAAGAAGAGUUCAAAGGCUGCGACAACCUCAGCGGCCAACGCAUGAUCGGUAUCUUUCGGACACUCGACGCAGCCAACUCAGCUGCCAGCGUCAUGGUACGCAGCAUUGAAGAUGUGGCCCUUCGACACCUUGCAAGCCCGAGAGACGGCGAAACUUUCCAGAGCUUUGAAGGAUAUCGCAACAUCGAUGCGUGGAGGAACGACCAGGGCGGGAUGAUGUGGUUAAUCAAGUACGGGAGCAGGCUGGCUGCACCCACGUCGUGA